CCCAGCCCCUCCAUCGCAGGCGUGAACGUCCUAAAAGAAGCCCUUGCGCCCAAAAAAAAAUUAAUUUCGAAUGUUGCCAUCAUCCCUGCCUUCCCAGUCCGGGGCGAAGGAUUUCCAGGGAUCGCAAUCACCAAAGUCUGUGUGUGAUUCUGCCCUGGACUUGGGUACCGGUAUCCGUACCCCCGUACCAAAACAGAGUCCGAAGAAGCCAAGAGAGAUCAUCGCCAUUCGAAUACGUCAAUCUGCAGCGCGGCAUCAUUGGGGGAAGAGAAGAACGGCAGACGUUCACGUAACCAAUUCAACAGUCCACUUUCAGAGUUUCCUCAACGAUUAAAGUCAAGUCAACAGAGGCGUUAUCGACCCCGCGAAUGAUAGGAGAAAUAUGGAGCCCGCCCGGGCGGGAAGAUGCGCCCGUCUCGUCCAGCAGCGGGCAUCCACUCGAGUGGAUAUCCUGGUACCUUUUUUCCUUCUCCCGGCUUCCAUCCCGCGCAUGUCUGGAUUAUCUCCCUCGGCUCCCUGUGGGGUGGGAGUGGGGGGCUUUUGCGAACAUGCCAUUGACAGCCACACUUGCUUUUUUGUUUCUAUGACACUGCAUGGCAACCAUGCCAAAGUCUUGACGGGAAGUUGCAUGUUCGUGAUGAAAGAUCCAUGUGCUACUUCAACCCCUGCCUCUAGGCGGCUAGCUAAGUUACGUAUUUAUGAGGAUCUCAAGGAAGCAUACUUGUGCAUGAUAAGUCCUGUCCUUGACUUUGCUAUAAAAAAAAAAGUACUGUAUCCUCUUGUCGUUUUUGACCAUCUUGUCGUCUGUGAUGGCGCCACGUGGACAUUGGAAAGGAUAGCGGAGAAGUCUGAAAUAGCAGAACUGCCGUGAAGACUGCAGACAACUUUGGAUUCAACGAGUCUUGUAUUCACCACUCCUGGAGCUCUUUACCGACUCAAGUCGAUAUCUUCCAUACAUGCACCUUGAUUCCCUAUUCUAUUGUGUACAUCUAUCUAUUUUAUACGGUACGAUGCG